GUUGGAAUUCAUACCAAGGCAUGGUUUAUCGCUGGGAUAUUUCUGCUAAUGACCAUACCAAUAUCUCUCUGGGGCAUACUACAACACUUAGUCCAUUAUACUCAGCCUGAACUACAGAAACCAAUAAUAAGGAUUCUGUGGAUGGUGCCGAUUUACAGUUUAGACAGUUGGAUAGCUUUGAAAUACCCCAACAUUGCAAUAUAUGUGGAUACAUGUCGAGAAUGCUAUGAAGCUUAUGUCAUCUAUAAUUUUAUGGUUUUUCUUUCAAAUUAUCUAACCAACCGGUACCCAAACCUCGUAUUAAUCAUAGAAGUGAAAGAUCAGCAGCGACAUCUUCCUCCUCUGUGCUGCUGCCCGUCGUGGGCUAUGGGAGAAGUGUUAUUAUUUAGAUGUAAACUGGGUGUUUUGCAGUACACUGUUGUCAGGCCAUUUACUACCAUUAUUGCUUUGAUUUGUGAGCUAGUGGGAGUAUAUGAUGAAGGAAACUUCAGCUUCAAGAAUGCUUGGACUUACUUGGUUAUACUUAACAACAUGUCACAGCUAUUUGCUAUGUAUUGUCUGGUGUUGUUUUACAAAGUCCUGCGUGAGGAACUGAACCCUAUCCAACCUGUUGGCAAGUUCCUUUGUGUGAAGAUGGUAGUUUUUGUUUCUUUCUGGCAGGCUGUGCUCAUUGCAUUGUUGGUGAAAGUUGGUGUUAUUUCUGAGAAACACACCUGGGAUUGGCAAAGUGUGGAAGCUGUGGCAACAGGCCUGCAGGAUUUUAUCAUUUGUGUGGAAAUGUUCCUAGCUGCUAUUGCUCAUCACUACAGUUUCUCCUAUAAACCUUAUGUUCAAGAAGCUGAAGAAGGGUCAUGCUUUGACUCCUUUCUUGCAAUGUGGGACAUUUCUGACCUAAGGGCUGAUAUAUCAGAACAGGUUCGAAAUGUUGGAAGGACAGUUUUGGGCCAGCCAAGGAAAAUGUUUUUUGCUGAGGAUCAUGAACAAAAUGAGCAUACAAGUUUACUGUCUUCAUCUACUCAAGACCCAAUUUCUGAUGCUUCUUCAAUGCCAUCUUCACCCAUGGGUCAUUAUCAGGGGUUUGGACACACUGUGACACCUCUCACAACGCCAACGACAGCCCCUGCUAUUGAUGGUAUUUAUAAUCCUUCUGCUCUUCAAGAUGCUGAGGACUCACCCGAACUGGAGCACAAUGUAUCAGAGAAAGCUUUAGAUAAAAGUUAGACUCAGCUUUUCUUUGAAUGUGUCAAGGAGUCUGUUGCAUACUUGCCACACGUGUCCUGUGAACAUGUACUAUUAGCCAGGAAGGUCAAAGCUUGGCAAAGGCUCUGCGUGGACAGGAAGAGGCUGU